AUGCCACAAUUGGCCGAGGCGAUAAGUAGGGAAGACGACUGGACUGGGACCAAGGACGCCGCAGUACGCAGACGGGUACAGACUAGACUCAACACAAGGGCAUACCGAAAACGCAAAGCCCUAGCAAAAAAAGCCGAAGUAUCCAGUGCCACAGCUGGGACACUAAUCAAACCAGAAGCUCUGGUGGAGUGCUGGGAUAUUGAGCAGCAGUCCGUGUCCAUCGUCCCAGCAUCCCGUAUUCAGCAACUCUACAAUGCAAGAAACCCAUUGCUGCCAGAUAAAUCUAGAAAACAGCAGUUCAAAAUGGUGUUUCCCCUCUGUCCAGACCACCUUAUCAUACUGCUCCAAUUCAACGCCCUCCGGGCCCUGGCCGUCAACCGUACUCUAAUAUCAGGAAUCCUCGUCACACCGCUCGACUGUGCUGAGGAAGUGAUCCAUAUUAUCCCCUACCCUACCAAGCCUGAACUGGUCCCCUCGACACUCCUGCCCACCACCCUUCAACAAACGGUACCACACGGCGACUGGAUCGACUUAUUCCCGUGUCCCGUCGGACGAGACCACCUGAUCCGAGCCAUCGGUACCUUCGACGAAGACGAGCUGUGGGCCGACUGCAUCGGUGGGCUGUACGAGGGCUUUCCCGACGACGAGGUUAAACGACGUGGCAUGAUUGCGUGGUCGCCGCCCUGGGACAUCGCAGGGUGGGAGAUGUCGGAAGGGUUUCUAAGGAAAUGGGGGUGGUUGAUUGGCGAUUUGCCCGGGGCUUUGAAGGCAACAAAUCAGUGGCGGAUAGAGAGAGGCGAGGAGCCAUUUGUUCAUGAAACUGUGUGA